AUGCCGUCCUUCGAUGAGGCGCUGCAGCGGGCCGGCGAGUUCGGGCGCUUCCAGCGGCGCGUGUUCCUGCUGCUGUGCCUGACGGGCGUCACCUUCGCCUUCCUCUUCGUCGGCGUGGUCUUCCUGGGCAGCCGGCCCGAUCACUACUGGUGCCGCGGGCCGAGCGCCGCCGCGCUGGCCGAGCGCUGCGGCUGGAACCCCGAGGAGGAGUGGAACCGCACGGCGCCCGCGCUCCCCGGCCCCGCGCCCCCCGAGGGCCGCGGCGACGGCCGCUGCCAGCGCUACCUCCUGGAGGCGGCCAACGCCAGCGCCGCCCCCGGCGCGCUCAGCUGCGCCGACCCGCUCGCCGCCUUCCCCAACCGCUCCGCGCCGCUCGUGCAGUGCCGGGAUGGCUGGCGGUACGUCCAGGCCCACUCCACCAUCGUCAGCGAGUUUGACCUCGUGUGUGUCAAUGCUUGGAUGCUGGAUCUCACACAAGCCAUCCUGAACCUGGGCUUCCUGGCCGGGGCGUUCACCUUGGGCUAUGCAGCGGACAGGUACGGCCGAAUAGUCAUUUACUUGCUAUCGUGUUUUGGUGUUGGCGUCACCGGCGUCGUGGUGGCGUUUGCCCCCAGUUUCCCCGUGUUUGUGAUCUUCCGCUUCCUACAAGGCGUGUUUGGAAAGGGGACAUGGAUGACCUGCUACGUGAUCGUGACUGAAAUAGUAGGUUCAAAGCAAAGAAGGAUUGUGGGAAUAGUGAUUCAAAUGUUCUUCACCCUUGGAAUCAUAAUUCUUCCUGGAAUUGCCUACUUUAUCCCCAGUUGGCAAGGGAUCCAGCUAGCCAUCACACUACCGAACUUUCUCUUCCUUCUUUAUUACUGGGUUGUUCCUGAAUCUCCCCGCUGGCUGAUUACUCGGAAGAAAGGAGAUAAAGCCUUAAAAAUUCUGAGGAGCAUUGCCAAAUGCAAUGGGAAAUACCUCUCACCAAAUUACUCAGAGAUCACUGUUACGGAUGAGGAAGUUAGUAAUCCAUCCUUUGUAGAUCUGGUGAGAACUCCCCAAAUGAGGAAGUGCACACUUAUACUUAUGUUCGCUUGGUUCACAAGCGCUGUGGUUUAUCAAGGACUCGUCAUGCGCCUGGGAAUUAUAGGAGGCAACCUCUAUAUCGACUUUUUCAUCUCAGGAGUUGUGGAGCUGCCAGGAGCCCUCUUGAUCUUACUAACCAUUGAGCGUUUUGGUCGGCGCCUACCCUUUGCAGCAAGCAAUGUUGUGGCAGGGGUGGCGUGCCUUGUCACUGCGUUCUUACCAGAAGGAAUACCCUGGUUGAGGACCACUGUUGCUACCCUGGGAAGACUAGGCAUAACCAUGGCCUUUGAAAUUGUCUAUUUGGUAAAUUCAGAAUUGUACCCAACAACAUUACGAAACUUUGGAGUUUCACUGUGUUCCGGUUUAUGUGAUUUUGGGGGGAUUAUAGCCCCAUUUCUGCUCUUCCGGCUAGCAGCCAUUUGGCUGGAACUACCUCUUAUCAUCUUUGGUACCCUGGCAUCCGUCUGCGGUGCUCUUGUGAUGCUCCUGCCUGAAACCAAGGGCAUCGCCUUGCCAGAAACAGUGGAUGACGUAGAAAAGCUUAGCAGUCCACAUUCCUGUAAGUGUGGCAAGAAAAAGAAACCCCAGGUUUCAAGCUCUCACCUUUGA